UGUGUUCUUCAGAUGCAGCUCUACCCAGGACAGCCAGCCCAGAGGCUGCCAGCACGUCCAGCGAUCCUACUGACAGUGACCUGACAGAGAAGGUGCAGAGGGCUCAGGCACAGGUCCCAGGGCUGGCUGAGACCCAGCCUGUGGCUAUGGUGCAGUCGGUGCCCGGGGCACACCCUGUGCCAGUAUAUGCCUACUCCAUCAGAGACUCCUCCUUUAGAGAGGAGGUCUCCGACACAGUCAUACCACAGAAGAGAAAGUCCUGCCAGACCGAGGGUCCCAGGAAGGCCAUCAAGAUGGAGUCUGAGGACGAGAAGGAGGCGAGGUUGGCCCAGAGGUCCCCUGAGCAGCCCAGACCUAGCACCUCCAAGGCAGUCUCGCCACCCCACCUGGACGGGCGUCCCAGCCCUGAGAGCCCCACCACAGGGAGUGAGGACUUCCUGCCAAACAGCAACCAUGCGACCAGUGACCCCAGGGAGGCAGAGGAACGCAUUGUCGUGAUCAGCAGCUCAGAAGACUCUGAUGCCGAAGACUCGUCUUCCCAAGAGCUGGAUGACAGCAGCAGCGAGUCCAGUGACCUCCAGCUGGAGGGCCCCAGACCCCUCAGGGUCCUGGACAACAGCCUCGCCGACCCCCAAGCAGAAGACAGGCCCCUGGUUUUCUUUGACCUCAAGAUUGACAGUGAAACCCAGAAGAUUAGCCAGCUGGCCGCUGUGAACCAGGAAAGCGAGUUCGGUGCACUCACACAGCCACAGGCCCUCUUCGGCUCCUGCUCCAAGGCUGAGGCUGUCUCACUGGAGGCGGGGCUGCAGCACUUCCUUGGCUUCCUGAGCUCCAUGCACCGCCCCGUUUUGGUCUGCUAUAAGCUCUGGGGGCCCGGUCUCCCCAACUUCUUCCAGGCCCUGGCAGACAUGAACAGGCUCUGGGAGUUCCAGGAGGCCAUCUCGGGCUUCCUGGCUGCUCUGCCUCUCAUCCGGGACUGCGUGCCCAGGGCCAGCAGCUUCAAACUCAAGAGUCUGGCCAGGACCUACCUGGCGAGAAACAUGAGUGACCGCAGCGCCCUGGCUGCUGUGCUGGCCAUGCGCGACCUGUGCCGCCUUCUGGAAGUCUCCCCGGGCCCCAGGCUGGGGCAGCACGUCUACUCCUUCAGCAGCCUGCACUGCUUUGCAUCCCUACAGCCCCUGGUACAGGCCGCCAUCCUGCCCCGGGCCUUGGCCCGCCUCCUGGCCCUCCACAACGUGAGCUUCAUGGAGCUGCUGACCGCACACCGCCGUGACCCGCAGCAGGGCUUGAAGAAGUACAGCCGCUACCUGAGCCUGCUGACCACCUCCUCGCCCCUUGCCCGGCCUGCUUCCAACCUGCAGGCCCUGAGCACCUACUUCGUAGGCCUGUUGGAGGGGCCAGCCUUGGCACAGGCAGAAGACAUCUCUACCCCUCUCGCUGGUCACAGCUUGUCAGAAGCGGCCUCUCAGCAGAGCUGAGAGGAGGCACUGGCUGCCUGGUAAUCUCAUGGGGCAGAAAGGGAUGGGAUCUCUGAGCCAAGCCCCACCCUGGUCCCAGGACUCAGUUGUCAUUUGCUCUAGAAUCAGGUCUCCUCUGGGACCAAGUUCCCCUUCUCUAAAAUUCCCACAGAGAAAUUUCCGAGCCCAAGCAGCUACCCCUGGAGGGCCACCAGCGCUGCGUGUAGACCCCGGGGGCACCAGUGGGCUAGUUCUCCAGACUUCCGACUCCUCCCUUCCAGGAGCCCCAACUGGGGAGGUUUGGGGUGAAGAAGCCAUGGCCUCUAGGCUCUCAGCAGCCCCCUUCUUGCCCUUGCCACCUGAUGACCACUUCCAGGGGUGUCCUUGCUGCCCCUCCCUGACCCGCAGCCACUGCCGCAGAGCACCUGCUGACGCUCCCAGGGACACUGCCUGCAGUGUUGCUGUGCCCCACCAGUACCCAAAGUGCCUUUCAGACCAAACUGGCCCACACACAGAGUCUGGGUUCUCCCAGUGCCUGCAUGUCUGAAGGCCAGCUUCCUGUUUGCUUCCCCUUCAGGGCAUUUUCAUCCCCAAAGGGCCUCAUAGCUGCAGAGACAGGGGCUGCUGCUUCAUGGCCAACCCUGCUUCCAAAGUCUGACCCUUCUAAGCUUGCUUGCUUGCUUCCUUCUGGCCACACGAGCCCCUGCCCUUAGUGGGACUUUGAUCUUUGGUCCUCAGGCCACCAAACACUCUCAGCUUGGCCCGUCGCUCUGUCUGUGCUGCCCCUCAGCCCCAUGGAGGAAGCCCCCAACCCAGCUGCUCACCACAUAGUCCAGCAGCCCACAGCAUUGGCAGCCCCUGGGAGCCUCUACUCCAGACCUCAGAAUCCAAAUCUUUGGGGUGGGAUCCAGCAAGCUUUUCUAGCAGAUUCUCCAGAUAAUUCAGAGGUCUGUUAGUUUCAGAACCGUUGCUCUGACAGACUGCUCCUCAAAGGAAAGACAGUGUGGAGCAGGAGAGAAAUUGCUGGCCCUGACCAGACUGUGCAUAUCAAGUGUGAUGCGGGGAAGGGCUCCUCCUGAGUGUCCCCACCUAUAAAGCAGGCUGCUUGGCUCCGAUGGUCUCAGAGCUCCCAUGCAGCUCAGCCAUUCUGAGCUUCAGGAAUGGGCAGCAGGCCACUGGGAUAGUGGACAAGAUGCUUUUUAUUCUUGAACCCUAGCUCCCGGCCCUAAGCCAAGGCCACCAGCCUUAAGGUCACAGCAGCGAUCACCAGAACAUAAGCAGGUCAGGGCCAUCCCCCUGACUAGCAGAGCGCUGUCCUCUGCCCCACCGUCCCUCUUUGGCUCCUCACCAGUAGGGUGCAGCCCAGGUUUCCAGCCUCUCUGGCCUCAGCUCUCACGGGGGUAAAGUCCAUGUGCCCACACCUCAGUGCCAUCCAGUGGGUCCCCUGAAGAUCCACUAAGGAGUUACAUGAACUUGCCACCCUGGUGCGAGUGCUGCCUCUAGCAGUGAACCCCGGUGUGCUUCUAGUAGGGUUCUGAUUUGAAGCAGGCACUGGCUCUGAAGCUCCUGUGUGAACGGGCUGACGGGUGGAGGGAAGGCGGGGCUGUGAUGACCAUCUGGCAGCUGGAGGCCAGCGAUUGGCCCAGAUCUUCUCCCCUCAGCCUCACCCUGGACCGAGCAGCACCCACUGACCUCCAGCGCCAAGUCCAGCCCCACAAUGCUUGCUAUCUUCAGAAGUAGCUGAUCACGGGUUUUAUAAUUAAGGGCUGUUCUGCCCUCUCUGCACUUUCAUGGCCUUAAUAAAUAUGUGAAUCUUCAAAGCCUGAUGUACCAAACUCUGCCUGGCCCACCCCUGGAGCCACUGAGCAGCUUCUUGGCUGGUGAAGAGGGGGCACUGGGCCUGGGAGAGCUGUUUGCUGUGGGGACCUUUCAGGACUUAGCAGAUCUGACAGUCCCUUGUUUCCCCAUGCUGAGGGCUUCACAGAUGUGAACACCCUAAUCCAACACCCAGAGUGGGCCUGCCAGGGACCAUCUCCCAAACGGAGAGCCACGCUAGGGACAAAAGUACCAGCUGCAAGAAUCGCCUGCUAGAGGGAGUCGGGAGCCAUAGACCAGGGUCUGUAGGGGUUUACCUCGCCCCCUGCUGGGCAAUGUUGUACCUCUGUCCCCGAGUCACAGGGGGUUAAGCCCCUACCGAGGGAAGUGGGGGAGGCCCAAGACCUUAGCAACGUGUAAUUCAUGUGCUGCUGUCUUGGAUGCCACAGGUGGAGUUCUCGUCGGUUCCUGCAAAUAUUCCCAUGGCACAGGCAGUGCAGGAAUUAGCCCUCCUCUGGCCUGGGUGCACAGACCACUGGUGUCAUUUGAUCAGUGUAACUGCUUUAACCCCACCUCCUGUCCCAGAUGCCCAAAUUCCAGUCCUGGAAUUUUAGUCUCUAAGAGCAAGUACAUAAAUAUGUCACCUUCUAUUCAUCCUUGAAUUUUAUCUCUGGCCCAGCAAGCUCAGUGAGCUCGCUGCAUCAGAAGUUAGGACCCUGAGUUCAGCCCUCACUUAACCUCUGACACAGCGGGUCGCAUUUGUGGAUGCCCAGGCACUGACUCUCUAAACUGGGAAAAUGUGGGUCAUUUUCCCUCACAGUAUCUUGUGUGUACCAAUUAGAAAAUGUCUGUGGAAAAAGCCUUUCAAUAUACAAAGAACAUCGCAAAUGUAAGAUCUUAUUUUAUAGACAACCAAGAUGACAGCGUUAUUGUUUUAUAAGUGCUAUAGAAACACAGAUAUUGGACCUUAGCAAAAAAGCACAUGGGCUUGUCUUCAGGGGAAUAAAGAACAAGAUCAAGAU